GAGUGUCCUGUGCUAAUGGUGACGCUUUCUCUGACUAGUCCCAGCAGAACUGUUGUGAAGAUGCCUUACCUCCUGGGCAGCAUCUGCACUAUCAUUGGGGUCUUCUACAAGUAUGCAAAGCGGCAUGGCGACUGCUCCACCCUGAACAGGAGGGAGAUGAAGCGGCUCAUCUUGAAGGAGUUUGGUGAGGUCAUCAAGAACCCUCGUGACCCUGAGACGGUUGAGAUGACCUUCCAGCUGCUGGACAUCAAUGGGGAUAGCUUGGUGGACUUCAGCGAGUACCUGCUGCUCAUCUUCAGAGUGGCCAAGGCCUGCUACGGCCACCUGCAGCCCAGAGAAUGUCUCCUUCAGCAGGGAGAAGCCCGCAGAGCCUCACGUGAAGGGGAACCUCGAGGGGAAGGACGAGACCACCGCCAUCUAAGGGAGGAUGAAAGGGAAGGAAGCUAUGUUCGUGAGAGGCAGGACUCUGACCGCACACGACUUCGUCAGCUGGAAGCUGCCACUAGAGACGAGGGGAGAAGAGAUUCCUUUCCACGGGAGGCUGUUGCCCGAGUAAUUGAGAGGAGCCGUCAUGCUCGUGAUCAGGAGUUGAGGGAUGAUCGUGGGAGGGACCAUCCAUCCCGUGAGCCUCAGGAUUCGGAAAAUGAGCACGAAGACUGGCCACAUAAGUCCGAAGAGCAGGCAGAUGUGGGGACUCGUCACCAGCCUCUUGGAGAUGAGCCACGUAGGAGUGAAGCUGGCCGUCGUCAACUAAGACGUAGAGAACCUGAGAUGGAAGAGGACCACCGGCGCCAAUCGUGGGAGCAUGUCCAGAGAGAGGAUGGUGAAAGACGUCCUCUGCUACGUGAUCCUCGGCUACGGGAAGGGGAUGAAAGUAAGCAAUAUUCCCAAGAGGCCACACAAAGAGACGAAGGUGAGAGGCGAUAUCAAGCACGAGAGACUGAGCGUCAACUGGAGGAGGAGAACAUGAGCAGGCCACGUGUGUCUGGACCACGGAUAGAUGAAGAAAGCCACAACCAUCGACGUGCAGCACACGAAAUCAGAUCGGAUUAUGGAAGAUCUCGCCCAGCCGGUGAACCCCGAGAAUGGGAAGAUGGAAGGAGGGAGGAUUACAUACAUGAAGCUGAGCGGAGGUCUAGCAGACGUGACCAGCGUGUAUCAGAUGCACGCAGGAAUCAAAGAUCUGCCAGCGAACCAGUAGAUUUUGAUGAUGAAUCCCACUCAUUUCCUAGAGAGGGCGAGAGGACAUCUCUGCCGCGUGAUGCAGAACAAGAGCAGAGAAGGUCUCAGAUGCUUGAGGAAGAAUACAGAGAGAGAUCCAGGUCUAGUGAUCCUGACUACAGAGUGGAUGACCAGAGAAGACAGCGUCGAUACACAGCUCAGUCUAGAGAGGCUGAGCUCCAUGAGCCUGACAUAAGAGAAUCUGAACGGAGGAGGCGCCAGCCUGUGGAUCAAGACGAGUGGGCCAGACCUUAUCCACGUGAGUCAACCACCAGAGCAGAGCUGGAAGACCAGCGAGGGUCUCGUGAUCCAGAACACAGUGAGCGUCAGUGGAGUGGGCUCCAUCCUUACGAACGUAAACCUACAGACGGUGAGACAAGAAGGCCCCAAUCUCAUGAGUCAGAGCUCAGAGAGGGUGACCGGAGAAGGUCCCAAAGACGUGCACAAACCCCAGAAGAUGGCAGGAGAUGGGAGCAGUACCAUCAGGAUGAGGCCCAAGAGAAGGAGAAUCUGAGGAGGAGGAGACCUCUGUCUGGUGAGCUUGAGUCCCACAGGCCUCAAAGACAUGAACAAGAACCAAGAGGUGAUGGUCAGAGGCAGCAGCAGUAUUAUGACCCUGAGCCCUUGGACAGAGAUGUUGAGAGGAGGAUGCCAGAAGCCCAAGAAGCUGCUCGACAAGAGCGUAGCCGAGGAAGGCAGCAGUAUUCUGACCCUGAUACCCAAGAAAGAGUGAGCAGGAGGAGGCCGCACUCACGUUAUUCUGAGUCCUGGGAAGAUGAGAGAAGGAGACCUGAGCAGGCUGACUUCGGUGAUGAUGAGAGGGAGAGGCCCCAGGCAAGACAGUCCCUUUCUAGACCAAGAGAAGACAGGUACUACCCAUCCGUGGGUGGCCGAAGAGAGUGCGAUCAGGGCAGGCGACAGGAAUACAGUGGCCAGAGGCGCAAUGUUGACCAAAGUGAUGAUGGACAGGAGAGGAGAACUCCAUUGCGUGACAUUGAUGCUGAAGAUGCUGAGCAAAGGCGAUCCCAGUCACGUGAUACUGAGCCAAGAGACAGUGAGCAGCGGAGGAGGACCCAGUCACGUGACACUGAUGGCCAGAGGCGCAGCCAGAGGCGCAAUGUUGACCAAAGUGAUGAUGGACAGGAGAGGCGGACCCCAUUGCGUGACAUUGAUGCUGAAGAUGCUGAGCAAAGGCGAUCCCAGUCACGUGAUACUGAGCCAAGAGACAGUGAGCAGCGGAGAAGAACUCAGUCACGUGACACUGAUGGCCAGAGGCGCAGCCAGAGGCACAAUGUUGACCAAAAUGGCAAUGAACAGGAGAGGAGGACCCCAUUGCGUGACAUUGAUGCUGAAGAUGCUGAGCAAAGGCGAUCCCAGUCACGUGAUACUGAGCCAAGAGACAGUGACCAGUGGAGAAGAAUUCAGUCACGUGACACUGAUGGCCAGAGGCGCAGCCAGAGGCGCAAUGUUGACCAAAGUGAUGAUGGACAGGAGAGGAGAACUCCAUUGCGUGACAUUGAUGCUGAAGAUGCUGAGCAAAGGCGAUCCCAGUCACGUGAUACUGAGCCAAGAGACAUUGACCAGCAGAGAAGAAUUCAGUCACGUGACACUGAUGGCCAGAGGCGCAGCCAGAGGCGCAACGUUGACCAAAAUAGCAAUGAACAGGAGAGGAGAACUCCAUUGCGUGACAUUGAUGCUGAAGAUGCUGAGCAAAGGCGAUCCCAGUCACAUGAUAUUGAGCCAAGAGACAGUGACCAGUGGAGAAGAAUUCAGUCACGUAACACUGAUGGCCAGAGGCGCAAUGUUGACCAAAGUGAUGAUGGACAGGAGAGGAGGACCCCAUUGCGUGACAUUGAUGCUGAAGAUGCUGAGCAAAGGCAAUCCCAGUCACGUGAUAUUGAGCCAAGAGACAGUGAGCAGCGGAGGGGGACCCAGUCACGUGACACUGAUGGCCAGAGGCGCAGCCAGAGGCGCAAUGUUGACCAAAGUGAUGAUGGACAGGAGAGGCGGACCCCAUUGCGUGACAUUGAUGCUGAAGAUGCUGAGCAAAGGCGAUCCCAGUCACGUGAUAUUGAGCCAAGAGACAGUGAGCAGCGGUGGAGGACCCAGUCACAUGACACUGAUGCAAGGGACAGUGGCCAGAGGCAAGGGCUGACACGUGACACUAACCAAAGAGAUAGUGAGCAGCAGCGGGGAGCCCUGUCCAGGCACACUGAUGUUAGAGGGAGUAAUGAAGGGCGAAUCCGGACUCAUGAGGUUGACCCAAGACGUGGCGACCAGCGAACACAAACCCAGUCGCAUGACACUGAACAAAGAGACAGUCAGCAGAGGAGAACCCAGUCACACUAUAGCGAUGCAACAGAUGGCGAGCGGAGAAGAACCCGCUCAGGGGACCCAAGGUAUGAUGAUCAGCAAAGAAGAGCACCAUCACAGGACACCGAUGCUACAGGUGUUGACCAGAGGCAAAUCCAGGCCCGUGGCACUGACCCGAGAGAAGGUGAACAGCAAAGGAGACCCCAAUCGCAUGACGCUGAACCAGCAGGUGUUGACCAGAAGCAAACACCGACACGUGACGCUGACCCCAGAAACGAUGAGCAGCGGCGUCGAGUCCAGUCGCGGGACACUGAACAAACAGAUGGAGAGCAAAGGCAGAAUCAAUUGCACAGGGAUGUGGAUGCCAGGGAUGCUGCCGCAAGAGACGGCAGGCAGCAAAGGAGAACUCAGACCCAUGACGUUGACUCGAGAGAUGCUCAACAGCAGAGGAGAACGCGGUCACAUGACACUGAACUAAUAGACGGUGACCAGAGGCAAACCCAGACCAGGACAACGUUCAGAGGAGGCGAGUUGUGCCAGAAACCCAAGUGGCUCAGCCAAGUAGUGUCCGACAAGCUGAGCCACCAGCGCAAGACUUUGAGGGGAGCAGAGCCCCCCCAAGUGAGGUUGCACCCAGUGCUGACACGGCCAGGAGGCCACGGCCACGAGAGCAGGAACCUGCAGAGAGGGUGCUGGGAAGGCAGGAGGCGGCUGAGUCUGGAGGAACUCAACAAAGAGAGAGUGAAAGGGAGAGAGCCCAGUCACGUGAGCCUCAGCGGAGCGAUGGGGAGCAGGGCCGAGCACGCCCACAUGGGCCCGAGCCAAGGCAGCCCACAAGAGGCCUGUGUGGCCCAGAACGGAGCAGGGCUGAGAGAAGCCAGCCACAGCCACGUCAACCAGGGCCCCAGGAAGGAGACUCAAGGAGGCAACAGACUCAAGACCCUGGAUCCACUGACGGCAAGACCUCCCAGCCUCGUGAGCCGCAGGCCACGGAGCGCCAGCGAGGAAGACCCAGCACAGAACCCAGAGCUGAGGGCAAAUCUGAAGAGAGAGAAGGGGCUCGGGAACAACAGUCCAGGGCGGCCGGACAACGGCCAAACCCAGUUCAGGGUGCAUCCUGCAAAGGAGAAAGUGGCUGCCCUGGGUCGAUGGAACGACAGUCCGAGGAGGGUGACAGAAGCAGCCCAGAGGCCCGAGAAGCCCAACCGCCAUUGGAGGAGGUGGGCGAGCCUGGCACAGAAAGGCCACAAGGUGCUGCCGUGA